UUGGCUUAGGCCUCUGCUCCCAUCCAGCUCAUUCCUGUCAUUACCAAUGGCAUGGAAACCAUCAUCCCCCGGGGGUCAGAAAAAUCAUGGAUUCCUGUGUUCCAAUCCCUUCCAUAUCAUGUGAUUCUGGUGUGUUCCAAUCCCCCCUCCAUAUCAUGUGAUUUAGGUGUUCCAAUCCCCUCCAUAUCAUGUGACUCAGGGGUUCCAAUCCCAUCCCAAUCAUGUGAUUCAGGUGUUCCAAUCCCCUCCAUAUCAUGUGAUUCAUGUGAUUCGGGUGUUCCAAUCCCCUCCAUAUCAUGUGACUCAUGUGGGGUUCCAAUCCCCUCCAUAUCAUGUGAUUCAGGUGUUCCAAUCCCAUCCCAAUCAUGUGAUUCAGGUGUUCCAAUCCCAUGUGAUCCUCCAUAUCAUGUGACUCAGGGUUCCAAUCCCCCCCUCCAUGGACACAGGUGUAUCCCCCUCCAUGGACACAGGUGUUAAAAUCAAUCAAUCCCCUAGGCAUGCAGACGGCUUCUACAAACAUUGGAGCUCAGUGACUCCAAGCCUGGUCCCGUGAUAGG